ACACCUCUUGCAGCAUUUGAAGCCUGGUGGAAUAUUGCGAUGGCAGCUCAGAUGACUGAUGCUCAUCGACGGUUCUUGCAGGUCCUGAUGUCUCAUGGGAUAAUGGAAGGAUCAGAGGCUAGGAAAUUACACAGGCGCUGCUGUGAAAUCCACAAAGCAUACUACGCACAUGAUAAACUGGAUGAUUUCAUCAGUACUAUUAACAGCCAUCUACAGCCUUUGUUCAUGCAGAUCCGGAAAGGAAUGUCGGAAGGUGAUGGGAGAGCACAUUAUGCUUUAGUGAAUUUGGCAGAAACGGAAAUAACUAAAAUGGCAUCUGACUAUACAGAAAAUGAAUUAGAAUUGUUCAGAAAAACAAUGGACCUAAUCAUUUUAUCAGAAAAUGGCUUUGCCUCUUCUACAGAUAUUUUAAACUUGGCAGACCAACUUAAGACAAAGAAAAUGAAGAAAAAGGAAGCGGAACAAGUGCUGAAAGUUUUUGUGGAGGAUAAGUGGCUCUCUGAGAGGAAUGGAGAAUAUACUCUGCAUACUCGCUGCAUAAUUGAGAUGGAACAAUACAUUCUCAGCAACUACCAAGAUGUGGCAAGGAAGUGUAACAUCUGUCACAGCCUUGCCAUCCAGAGCCAAGUAUGUGAAUCCUGUGGAAUUGGAAUGCAUUUACCUUGUGUGAGAAAGUACUUUAGAGCUCAGACUGAACCACGCUGUCCGCAGUGUAAUGAUUUCUGGUCUUGUGACAUUCCAGGUAUGAGUCGGAUAGACUCCCAGUCACCAUCAAAAAGGGAGAACAGAGAAGACCUUCAUUCUCAGCACUGGACGAUGCUAAGUGACUUGAAAAAAAGCCAAGGACUAGAUAGUGCCAGGUACCAGAACAGAAUGGCAGCAUAUCUUUUGUUGGUAGAAAUGUGUGACACUGCAGAAGGCAGAGUGUCAGCAGUUCAGCUGAUGGUUAAUCGAAGUAUGAUUAAGCUUCAGUUUAUUUAA